GCAGAAGUUUGAAAUCGUUGGAAGUCGAACUCCCGAACAUAAUCUAGGAUUACAUCUUUUUGACAGCUGCACAAACCUUCAACUAACUGCCUGUUGAGAGAUAAGUCUACAAGGAACCUAUCUUACAAGUCACAAAAUGCCUUUGCAAGGAUAAACACACGAAAACAAAUGUAAACAAUUUCGGAGUUUUCGAAUUUUCAGAUUUUUGCAACUUUUUAGCAACAAUGGCAGAAGUUGUAGAUUCAACAGAGAUAACAUUAACUGGAUCAACAACUGAUUUCUCAUUUUCGGAUACGCCCCCUGAUACCCCUCCAGUUCCUCCAGACCCACAUGAACCUGCAGUAAAACGUACAGAUGAUGCUCCUAUUGCAGAAGAUGAAGAUACUGCAACCCUCGCUCUGUUGGACCCAAAUGUGUUUCUUGCACCGGAGUGCCAAGUGGAUCAUGUAGUGGUGUAUUUAGACAGAGCUGAAGUAUGUAGAUCCCUCAAGGCAAAAUUGAAUCGCGGGGAAAACGAAAUCACUAUUGGCCAAUUGUCUUCGAGCAUCGAUAAGGACUCCAUUAGGGUCGAAGGGCGAGGUGCAGCUACCAUUCUGGAGGUCACCUAUCAGACUAAAUACAUCCGGCCUGAAGAAAAUGCUGCAAACCAACAGACAAAACUGAUUGAAGCUGAUCUCAAAGCCCUGGAAAAAGAGAAAUCUGUCCUAUUAGCAUGGCAAAAGAGAGUACAAAAGCAAAGGAGUGUGUUGGAUGGUUUCGCUGAUAACUUGACCAAAGUCCAAGAAAUAAAAGACAAGGAUGGUAAAGUCACCCCAAUGUGUGGUGCCAUGGAUGCUACUGUUCUUGAUGGCAUGACAGGGUUCUUCACCAUGUAUGACAGCCAGGCUACUAAGCUAGACUCCACUCUUCAUGAGAUUGACCAGAAGCUGGAGGAUGUCACUCAGGGGAUCAAACAAAAGCAGGACACGCUGGCAAAUAUGGAUGCUGAAAAGGAUGAUUUCCUUUCAAGAGAGCUAUCAGUUUUGAUUGGCUGUGAAGCAGAUACUGAAGUGACGCUACUCGUGUCGUACAUUGUCACAAAAGCCAAGUGGACACCAAAAUAUGACAUCAGAGUCUUCAGCAAUGAUAAUCAGAUGAAGAUCAUGUACUAUGCCCUGAUACAACAAGCCAGUGGGGAAGACUGGGAAGACGCUAAGAUAUCACUAUCUACAGCAAUGCCAAGUGUAGGGGGACAGGUGCCUGAACUUGGUACCCAUAGACUAUACUUCAAACCCAAGCCACAACAAAUUCUCCCACUCAGCAUCAAUGGCCUUGACCUUCCGCCACUUUCGCCAAAAAAUGCCAAUCGUUCUAGUGUUCGCAAAGUGAAAAAACGUCCUCAGUCUGUCAUGAUUAAUGCAAUGGACUUGAAUAAAUCAAUUGAUGAGGCCUUGAUACGUUUAGAAGGAGAGAAAUAUCGUAGAGAUUCAGAAGUUGAAAAAGAUAGACCUCAAUAUGCAGAAAUACCUACUGAGGUAAAAGAUGGCAUCACCAGUACUACCUUUGACAUAGCCAGACUUCAUUCUAUACCAUGUGACAAUGCAACACAUAAGGUUUCCGUGGCGAUUAUUGAUUUGACUCCUCUGUUUGAGUAUGAAUGUGUCCCAAAGAUGGCAGCACAUGCUUACCUUAAGGCUCGUGUAAGGAAUACUUCAUCCUACGCUCUUCUGGCUGGACCUACAAAUAUAUUCUUGGACAACAAUUUCAUUGCAAAGGCUGAUUUAAAAGCUGUUAGUCCAUCAGAAGAUUUUACAUGUUCACUAGGAGUUGAUCCUGGCAUAAGGGUGCAGUAUAAACCUUUGCAUAAAUUCCGGGAACAAUCGGGAAUCAUCACAAAGACGAUUUCUAUGACAUACAAACAGGUGAUUGAAGUGAAGAACACACACAGUAAGAACAUUAAAAUAAUCAUCAUGGACCAGUUACCAUGUAGCACAGAGGAGAAAAUAAAGGUGAUUCUGCAAGAACCUGUGAUUAAACACCCAGAGAAGUAUGACAAGAAUAAGUCGACAAGGUUAAACAGGAUGAACAACGUAGAAUGGGACAUAGAUAUACCUGGUGGUGAAACUAAAGAACUCACACUGAAGUAUGUCAUUGAACACCCAGUGCUGGAAGAUGUUGAGCACAAUAUUUCAAGAAUCAGCGAUUAUUAAGCAUUCUCAUUUGUGACUUUCAUGUCUGCCCGAAGUAAACUUUUGAAUCUGGAUAACAUUUUGAUCAAUGUACAAUUUGAAUUAUGUCAAGUCUCACCUCAAAGCAGAUUUGAGUAAAACGGUUUUGAAGUGUUCAUGUUUCUGAGUUUCAGAAUUAUUUCAUAUAUUCACACAGUUUGUGUUCAUUUUAUUUUAUUAUAGAGUUAUCUGUGUAUUUCAAAUGUGAUAUAUUCACUCAUGUGGAUAUACAUUUGUACAGGCCAUGUCCAACAAAGAGAUAUUUACCAAAAUAAUUUCAGCAUAAUUUUGAAUUCCUCCAAGAUAAAAGUGUGAUAGUUUUAGGCUUCAUUGUGUUGGGAGUCCACUUUUAUUUGAAACAGCAUAAUUAAUAUGAUCUCACAGAUAUAGAGCUGUGCACAAUCGAUUGUGAAAUUGAAAUAUUGAGACAUUCAUUUGUAAAUUUCUCAUUUUCAUACAUAAUUUUUAUAUGUACUGUAUAUAAUAAAUAAGCAUUUAUUUACAUGUGUAAUAUUAUAUAAAAUUUAGAUAUAUAAUAUAUGAUUUUAAUGAUAAUUUACAGAUGAAUUAAUAUAUUUAAAUAUUACAAUUGUAUGAUGAUUUUGCCUUAUACUUUCUGCAAUAUAUAUUUUAAGUGUUCAUCUGUGUAAUGAUUACUGUUUUAAGGGACACUAAAACUCCAUAUUACAUUCGACCCAAGAGCACAGAAUAUUAUUUUCAUAAAUGCUUGUUCUCUGACAAGAACAUUAUGUAAUUAGAUAAGACUAUUCUUAUCUUAUUCCUUUCUUGAUCAAAACUGUGUGUAUUUUAUAGACUUUGC